AUGUCGAAACGUCGCUCAAAGUCUUGUGAGGCCGAACCUAUUGGAACGAAGCCCAAAAUGGAGGGAGAAGAUGAUGAUGAGUUGGUAAUGAGAUUAGUGGCAGCCCUAUCUCAUGGGAAGGUCCAAGAAGUCUUUCAAAAAGCGAUCUCUAUUGCUUUGUUCUUAUACGAUAAGAAAUUUGGGACUAUUGAUAAGGAGUUGGAGAAACAUAUGGAGAAGAUGAAUCAUCUGGAGAAUCAAAUUUCGGAACUUAAUGCGAAAAUUGAGGAUAUGAAGAAGAAUGGGAUGACCGGUUUAAAUGUAAACGGAGGUGAGAAUACUUCUUCUCCAGGUGGAUCUGUUGUGUCGGCUGAAGAAAAGGAGAGAAAACGGUCAAUUAUUGUAACUGGUAUUCCUGAAUAUGGUAGAUCAGAAAGAGAGGCUUGGUACUGGGACCAGUCGUGUAUGUCAAAAAUUUUGAACUAUCUGGACAUUGGAGCACCCCCAGUAUCAUUUUAUCGUCUUGGAAAGAAAGCUGAAAGAUCCCGGAUGAUGAAAGUAGUGUUUGCGACGUCUUUCGAUCAGAAAACGGUUUUGGCAAGAGCACCACGGCUCAAGUAUUUUCCAUCUGGACCAGUCUUUGUCCGCCCAUCCCUGACGAAAGAGCAACGUGUCGAGUACAGUAAAGCACAACGAGAUAGGUUUUUGUCUAGAUCACGUGUUAAUUCAUUUCCCCCUCCAACAAAUUUCAUUGUUACCCCACCACAAUUAGUCGAUGAUCCCAUGGAUGGAAUGGGAAACAGGGAUGGGGACAGAUAG